AUGAUUGAAGAAAAAGUAGUGAAAACGGAUCCAACUCAAGUCGCCGAAGCUGAAGAUGAGGUUCAAAAAGAGGAGGAGCCACAGCCAGAACUGCAGCAGGAUCCCACGCAAGAGCCUUCAAAGGAGGAACCACCCGCAGAAGAAAAAGAGAAGGAAGCGGAAAAGAAAUCAGAAGCAGGCGUCGCCAAGGAGGGUGAAGAAGUACUUGCUUCAUUUAGCAAGAUGCAGUGCGAGUGGGAUGAAAAGGGCGGCGAAGAGACCGUAGUUAUCACUAACACCACAGAUACAAAACUGGCCAUGAAAAUAAAAUCUUCCGACAAUAAUCUUUUCAGAGUCCGCCCAGUAUAUGCGAACAUUGAAGUUGGAAAGUCAGUAGAUCUCGGCAUAUAUCGUAGUGAAGGCCCGAUUAAGGCCGAUAGAAUCGUGGUCGUACUUACAAAGGCGAGUACUGAUACUGAUAAAGUGAAUGAGCAAAAGGGAGAGAAGGAAACAGAAGUGAAGCAGCAGACGCCAGAGAAGAUAGCAGGUGAGUGCACUGCAUUGCAUGGUUUGGAAAAUGCUUUCAGCAAUCCAACUGAAUUUUCAGAUGCAUCACUCCCUCAAAAAGCUGGCGAAGAAAUCCUCGCUUCAUUCAGCAAAAUGCAAUGUGCUUGGGACGAUAAUGGUGGCAAAGAGACUGUUACCGUCAAGAAUGUAACAGAUACAAAAGUGGCCAUGAAAAUCAAAUGUUCCGACAAUGAGCUCUUCAGAAUUGAUCCGGUUUAUCAGAAUAUUGAACCUGGAAAGUCAGUGGAUGUAGCGAUAUAUCGAAGUGCCGCUCCCGUAAAACCUGAUAAAGUAGUGAUCGUUCUAGCGAAGAACACAACGAAUGAUGCUCCCGAACAAGUGUACAAGAACAAGGCCAUUAAGACUAUAACCACAAUAAUAGAACAAACUGGAAAAAAAUGA